GACCCCGGGGAGACAAGAUGGCGGAGGCGGUGAGUCAGUGAAAAAAAAACCCCGGCAGAGAGAGAGAGAGAAACCGGAGCCGGGGAAAGGAAGAGACCGGCAUUCUCGGUGUCUCCCUGACUCGGAGACAGCGCCGGGAGGAAGAUGGAGGUGAUUGAAGGAUGUCGGCUCCCCGUCCUCAGGAGGAACCAGGAGAAUGAGGACGAGUGGCCACUUGCUGAAAUCCUCAGUGUUAAAGACAUCAGCGGGAGGAAGGUGUUCUAUGUCCAUUACAUAGACUUUAACAAACGUCUGGAUGAGUGGGUGACCCCUGAGCGGUUGGACUUGAAGAAAAUCCAAUUCCCAAAAAAGGAGGCGAAAACUCCAACGAAGAACGGACUCCCAGGCUCCCGGCCGAACUCUCCCGAGAGGGAACUGAAGAAGACACUCGAUCUUUCACUGCACGCUUCAACAGCAGGAAUUGACAAAACCAUUGCAAUGCCGGGCUUGCCUUACUUAGCCUCAAGUGCUAGUUUACAAAGGGUCCCUGUCGUGAAGAUACCAGACAGGACCAACAGCAUCGAAAACGUCACAAAAAAUUUGUUAUCCAAGAGGAAGUUGGAGGCAGCUUCCCUGGUGACCCAGUGCUCCCCAGCAACGCCGGUGGCACCGGCCCCAGAAAUACCGACCCCCGUCUAUGCACAGCAAAACGGCUCUGCGAGGAGACCAGUGCCGGCUGUGGCCGGGCGAAAGAGAAAGGCCAACUGCCUGGGGACCGAUGAGGACUCGCAGGACAGCUCGGAUGGGAUCCCCUCGGCACCUCGCAUGACCGGCAGCUUGGUGUCAGACCGGAGCCACGAUGAUAUAGUGACGCGAAUGAAGAACAUUGAAUGCAUUGAGCUGGGCCGGCACCGCUUGAAACCCUGGUACUUCUCACCUUACCCACAGGAGCUGACCUCCCUGCCUGUCCUGUACCUCUGUGAGUUCUGCCUGAAGUAUCUGAAGAGCCUCAAGUGCCUGCAGAGACACCUGACCAAAUGUAACUUGCGACAUCCACCAGGAAAUGAAAUUUACCGCAAAGGAACCAUUUCCUUCUUUGAAAUCGACGGCAGAAAGAACAAGAAUUACUCUCAGAACUUGUGUCUGCUGGCCAAGUGUUUCCUGGACCACAAAACCCUCUACUACGACACAGAUCCCUUCCUAUUCUACGUCAUGACGGAGUAUGACUGCAAAGGUUUUCACAUUGUUGGCUACUUCUCUAAGGAGAAGGAAUCGACAGAAGAUUAUAAUGUGGCUUGCAUUUUAACACUGCCACCAUACCAAAGGAGAGGUUAUGGAAAGUUGCUCAUCGAAUUCAGUUACGAGCUCUCGAAGGUCGAGGGGAAGACGGGGACACCAGAGAAACCUUUGUCUGACCUGGGCCUGCUGUCCUAUCGCAGUUACUGGUCGCAGACCAUCCUGGAGAUUCUCAUGGAGCUGAAAUCCGACAACGGAGAGAGGCCACAGAUCACCAUCAAUGAGAUCAGUGAACUGACCAGCAUAAAGAAGGAGGAUGUGAUCUCCACCCUACAGUAUCUCAACCUCAUUAACUACUAUAAGGGCCAGUACAUUCUCACACUGUCCGAGGACAUUGUAGAGGGGCACGAGAAGGCAAUGAUGAAGAGGCAUCUGCGAAUAGACUCCAAGUGCUUGCACUUUACACCCAAGGACUGGAGCAAGAGGGGUAAAUGGUGACAUGGGACCACACAGCAGCAGAGAGAGAGAGAGAGAGAGAGAGAGAAAGUGUCAGUGGAUCAGGAGCACAGCGGAGACAGAGCAUUCACCCAUUCCUCUCUCUAUCACCGAUUCUCUUGUCGCAAUUACUCAGCACAUGGCAGACUCUCGUUGUUGGUGCCCACCCAGCUUUCAGUGAGCGAUCAUUGUCUUUGGAACCUUGCCCUCUCUCUCUUGCCCCACCUGCACCAACACGCUUUCUGCGCCACCAGCCAGAAUGGACCCAGGAAAUUCUCAAGUGUAGUGUGGUGACAGCUGCUGGAGGAGGCCCUGGCAGUGCUGAGUUGGACCCGAGUUGAACUGGUUUGGUCGGGUGUUGACCUUUGGCCCCCCCCUCCCC